AUGACAACCCUUGUCACCAGUGGAACUGGAAAGACUGGGAUCAGGCUCGCCAGACUCGUCCACACGGCUGGCCAUCGUGUCUUGCCCACCUCUCGCACGGGUGUCGCUCACCCGUUCAACGUCGUUACCUUCGACUGGACUGACCCAACGACAUUCGAGAACCCAUUCAAAGCCGACUCCAACAUCGACAAGGUAUACCUCGUUGCGCCUGUCGUCCUUGACGCCCUUCCGGUCCGCGAGCCAGUUUUACAAGGGAGUGUCUACGUCGGGAAAGUCCACGAGUACCUCGCCGAACACGGCAUUGAGUAUGGUGUUCUUCGUCCGACUUGGUUCAUCGAGAACUUCGGCGACUUCCACCUUUCGAGCAUUCGCGAGGACAACGCGAUAUUUUCCGUCACCAAAAUGGUCUCAUUCCACUCAUUGGAGCGGACGACAUCGCGAAAGCCGCUUACGACGCCUAAUUUGCCACCGAGAGUCCCAACACAGACUACUACCUCAUUGGGCCAGAAUUAUAUUCUUACACGGAGCUCUUCUGAGCAAGACCCUGGCAAGGAAGAUUAG